CACAGAGCCAUCCGGAUUAGUGGAAAUAAAAAAAUAAAAAACCCUUCACAGACUUUUAUUCAGAGAAGGCAGAGCAGCUGACCCCCUACCGCCCCCCAAAACAUCUGGAUUGUGGAAGGUGGCCAACAUGUCGACACAGCUUCAAGACUUCAAUUUUUCAGAGGGCAAACCUCUUCUAGUGGAGAAGGAAGAGGGGAUCACGGUGUUAUUACAGGAAUACGAGAUUAAGGAACAUGACAUCGAAACAGCCCACGGAGUUGUCCACGUCACGAUGUGUGGGACUCCGAGACAGAACAGACCAGUGAUUUUAACUUACCAUGACAUCGGAUUAAACUACAAAACCUGCUUCAAUUCCCUCUUUAACUUCGAGGACAUGCACGAAAUUACCCAGCAUUUCUCGGUGUGUCACGUUGAUGCCCCCGGUCAGCAGGAGGGAGCGGCUUCGUUUCCAGCUGGUUACGUGUAUCCUUCAAUGGAUCAACUGGCUGAAAUGCUGCCUGGCGUUGUCCAACAACUUGGGUUGAAGUCAAUACUUGGAAUGGGAAUCGGAGCUGGAGCUUAUGUUCUCACCAGAUUUGCACUGAAUCACCCUAGCAUGGUAGAAGGACUGGUGCUGAUUAACAUUAACCCCUGUGCUGAAGGCUGGAUGGACUGGGCUGCAACCAAGAUUUCUGGAUGGGCCCACGCCUUGCCUGACAUGGUGAUAUCUCAUCUUUUUUCAAAGGAUGAGAUUCACGAUAACCACGACUUGGUUCACACCUACAGACAGCACAUUAUUAACGAUAUCAACCAGAAUAACUUACAGCUCUUUGUCAAAUCUUACAUCAGCCGAAGAGAUCUGGAGAUUGAAAGACCUAUUCCUGGGACCAAUGCUGUCACUUUGAAGUGUCCUGCCCUGCUGGUGGUAGGCGAUAGUUCACCUGCCGUCGAUGCUGUGGUGGAAUGUAAUUCAAAACUGGACCCAACCAAGACUACAUUGCUGAAGAUGUCAGACUGCGGUGGAUUCCCUCAAGUUAUCCAGCCUGCAAAACUAGCCGAAGCCUUUAAAUACUUUGUUCAAGGAAUGGGAUACAUGCCCGCUGCGAGCAUGACCAGAUUAAUGAGAUCUCGUACAGGAUCUGGUGCCAGUGUCUCAUCCUUAGAUGGCAACAGAAGCAGGUCUCACACGAAUGAGGGCUCCAGAAGCCGUUCACACACCGGAGAGGGCGCCCGGAGCAGGUCUCAGACAGGAGACGGAAAUCGCAGCCGUUCCCACACUGACAACAACCCAGCCAACCCUGAUCUCAACAAUGCAAAAUCUAUGGAGGUUUCGUGCUAAGCUGGGUUACGUACCAAACAAUACAUGCCUGCCAACUGUACAGAUAAAAAAUAAAAAAAAAACAAUAAAAAAAAAACAAAACAAAAAAAGUUAAUUAAAAAAAUGUAACCCUUUUCACUGCCAGGGCCCUUCUGUCAGCCAAUGGGUUAAAUGGGAUGUCAGCUCUGUGAACAAGAGCUAUCUUUGGACCAAAGAGAACGAGAGUUAACCAUUUUAGUGCCAGUGAGGCGUGCAAACACUGCGGUGCAUUUCUGGCGCUUAGAAUGUCAAAACCUUGUGAGAAAGCUUUAACCAUUAGUUAACCAAUAGCUGCUACUAGCUCAGCUUAUGGAAACAAACAUGCCUGGGAUGUAUGUAUUAAACCCAGCGCAUCGACCUCUCUGUUCAUGUCUAACAAGUAGGAUGAGAGACAGGCCAGUGUAUGAACAGUUCCAGAAUACAUUUUGGCUGAUACCAAAGGAGGCAGAGUAGCUUGCUCAUAAACCCAAUGGGCAUUCAUGAUUUAGAAUGAAUUGAGGAGUGGUGUGUCUAAAUACCAUCCUCCUCCGAGGAGGUCCGAUAAUGUUCUGUUAGAACCUGUGGGCAUAUCCCACAUAUUCCCAGGUAUGUAAAUAAAUGAAAGGAGAUAGUCAAAGCAAGCUAUUAACAAGCAACUAAACAUCUCACUGUGUCUGUUGUAGGCAUCUAAUGUCGUCCUCAGUCAUUCUGAACUCUAUCUCAGUGGCCCCACUGUUUUUUUGUGAAUUUUGAACGUGUCUGUCUCAUCACUAAAUUUUAAUAUUGAAAGAAAAUAAGAGGAAGCAACAAGCUGGAGCAUUUUGUAAAUAUAUAAUUGAAAGAGAGAAUAUUUAUAAAUGUGUUGUGCAUUAAAAAAAAUAUCUAUUUUAAUAGUUUGUAUAAACUAGAGAAAAUAGCUUCUUCAAUGAGCUGCCGAUCAGUGGCUUUCUUUUUGUACGUACAAUUAUAUUUCUGAUUUUAUUAAACCCUGAAAAAAAAAUAUAUAUAUAUAUAUUAUUGAUAGUAUUAAACUGUGAUAAAGGAAUGUUCAAAGUACCAAAACCUCCACAUUUUAUCGCAAAGGACAUGGCUCAAGGAAUCUACGGGUGCAGUCCUGCUAGUUAUCGUCAUAUUACUGUUCAGGAGGAUUUGACAAAGAAUGGAGGUUUUCAUGCACGCAGAGUCCAUCCCAUAGACUUCUUGCACCAUCACAACUAUAUAAAUAAUAGUGGCUAUGGUCCUUUGAGUGUCCCUUUAACUGUUUAGUAUAAGCAAACAAAGCAAUAUUAUUGUAUUGUGGCAGGUUGUUAAAAUCUGUGUGGAUAAUAUUGUGAAUAUCAUCAAUGGGAUACCACUAUCUUGUUAAUUGUGAUCACAGAAAAAAAAAAUGCGUUAACGGCAAAUAAAAAGGAGGGCUAUUCUUUAUUUGUUAACAUGGACUGAACUACCAUAAAAUAUGUAUUAAUUCUUGGUGCUUAUAAUUAAUAAAUUUGUAAUGAAUGAAAAAAAAAAUCACAAAUUUUAAACAUUUGAAAUAUAAUUAUUUUCUGGUUUAUAUUAUGGGGAAAGGGUUUUGGGAUCUUUGACGUGGGGAGGGUUAUAGAGCGGUUAUCAUAUCUGUGAAAGUCACUAAAAACAUCUCAUUUGUUCUGAUGAUAGAGGGUAUGUACUAUAUUGUUUUGUUUCUAUUUUUAAAGAUAUGUUUCAUUUUAUUUUGAUAAUAUUAAACCACGUAUGGCUUGAUUUCAGAUAUGUAAGUCUUUCCUCUUUAUUGGUCUACGAUUUCCAGUAUUCUAAUUAUGUUUCCAAAAAAUUUUCAAGCAGAAAAACUGUGAUUUGUUUAGAGUUUCAUUAUGUUGAAGAAGCUCAUUUUAUAUGUCAAAUGGGAUCAUUGUAUUUAUUAAAGAAAAAUAAAUGUGUAACUUUGCA